CAGAGCAGGAGCAUGCUUGGUGCAGUGAAGAUGGAAGGCCACGACGCUCCUGAUUGGACUUUUUAUAACGACGAGGUGUAUUCCCCGAUGGCGGCGGCGGGUCUUGGGAUGGGCGCAGUGUCGAGCUACAUGUCGGGCGGCGGUACGGCGUCCGCCUCGUUCAAUAUGUCGUAUGGCGGCCAUGGCCUAAGCCCCGCCCCCAUGUCGGGGAUGGGCGUGUCCAGCCUGUGUAACGGUGCGCUGAGCCCGUCCUGUGUGGGUACGGCGCCGUCCCAGCAGGCGGCUCUCAACCCUUACAGCGGCACCUGUCCGAGCGUCAACGGCGCGACGGCAUACGGCGGAGGAGGCGGCCCCAAUAGAGGCCGGGACGGCAAGGCGCUGAGGCGAAGCUACCCGCACGCCAAGCCGCCGUACUCGUACAUCUCGCUCAUCACCAUGGCGAUUCAGCAGGCCCCCGGCAAGAUGCUGACGCUGAGCGAGAUCUACCAGUGGAUCAUGGACCUGUUCCCCUACUACCGGCAGAACCAGCAGCGCUGGCAGAACUCUAUUCGCCACUCGCUCUCCUUCAACGACUGCUUCGUGAAGGUGUCGCGCUCGCCCGACAAGCCCGGCAAAGGCUCCUACUGGACCCUGCACCCGGACUCCGGCAAUAUGUUUGAGAACGGCUGCUACCUGCGGCGCCAGAAGCGCUUCAAGUGCGACAAGAAGGUCCGAUUGGAGGACGGGAAGGAGCGAGGAGGCGGAGCCUCUCCCUGCGGGGACACCCUGAAGCCUCACGGACUCUCGGACUCCGCCGGCAGAACAGCGCCGCCCUGCUCUGAGCUCAAGAUGUCGAGCUCUCAGCUGCUGUCUUCCUUGUGCUUGCCGCCGCCGCCGCUGGCGCACCUUACGCACGAGGCCCACAUGCACCUAAAGGGCGACGGCCACUACGCCUUCGACCAUCCCUUCUCCAUCAACAACCUCAUGUCAUCCGAGCAGCACCACAAACUGGACCUCAAGGCCUACGAGAGCCUGCAGUACUCGUCGUACGCCGCGCGCCUGGACCCGCCCGCCCUCGCCGCCAGGUCGGCCGAGGCGCUGGAGGCAUCCUACUACCAGGGGGCGUGUCCUAGGGCGCUCCUCGACACCUCCUAGACCGUAGGGGGCGUGUCCUAGGGCGCGCCUCGACACCUCCCGGACCGCACUUCCUGUCGCGGGCCUCGCAUGCGGCCUGGCUGCGGGACUUCCUGUCGGGACACAAGCUACUUCCUGUUUGGACUUCUUCAUGCGCGGCUUGUGUGCACGCUCCCGCAUUGUUGAUGUUUGGGGUCAAAGGUUAGCAAAGACUGGAGGGGUCACGACCUCCUGAUGUAAAAUAGCAAUUGUGUGCAU